CACCUUCACCCCCUGGCCAGGCACAGCUGAGGUGUUGACCACUGGAGUGCCAGCAGCCAAGUGCUCAGGCCAGGGGCCAGGUGAGCAGCCCCAGGGACGCCCUUCCCACGCCCCAGGACAAGGGAGGAAGCGGCCGGAGGCAGGAAGCCGUCCCCCGGGCCCGGGGCCCCCGCUGCAGUUUUGCUUGAAGGUCAGUGGCGACACAACAGGAAAUCGCGCUGCCUCGGCUGGGCGGCCAGGCCGGAGCCGGAGCGCCGCGCCGUGCUGUCCUGUCCCGGGGGCAAUCCCGGCCCCCGGCCCUCCAUUCCCACUGGGCAGCUCGCGGGGAGCCCGCGCCACCACCGCCCUCCAUGGAAGGGGGACGGGAGGCAGGGAGCAGCCGCUGGCCCCAGGGUGGAAGAUGCAGGGCCGAAGCCCCCAGCUGAGCAUGGAGCUGAACAGUGAGUGCGCAGCCAAAAGGGGGGACGGGAGCGAGCAGGAAGGGGCAUUGCUUUGGCAGCAGACACCACGGCUGUACAACCCAAGCAUCCGCUGCAUGGGUACCCCAAGAGAUGAGCCCCACAGGUGGGCAGCAAGCCUCCAGUGUGGCUCUAGUUUGGUUGGACCUGGCUCCUACCAGUGCUCAUGGGCAGGCGAGCAUCUCUCCAUGCCUGCCCUAGGGAACAGACUGUGCAAAGGCCUUCUGGGGACAGGUGUAGUGCUAAGGCAGGUGGAUGCACACAGGGUGUUUGGAGAGGAGAUGCCUAGUGCCAGGAUGCUGCAGCUGCCCAGCCAAGAAACAUCCUUGGCAGCAGCAUGCCGGCAGUGCUGGGGAAGGCAAGCUCUUGGCCAGAGCAGCGGUGAGCAGCUGUACACUGCAGGAUGCUGCAGGCAGGGAUUCCCCAUAGUGCAUGUGACACCCAGAGCUGCUCCUGGCAAAGAUCUGGAGAGCUGGCCCAGGCUGCACUGGGAGCAUGGCUCUGCUCCCCACUAGCAGCCCAGCCCAGAGCGGAGCUGAAAAACCUGGUACAGAUGUGGCUGUGCGGCCCUCGGCACACACCACCAGCACAGAAACACUGGCUCUUCCUGGCACCUGUGCUGACAGGGGUGCAGCACCUCACGUCCUCCCUCAGCCCCCCUACACCUCUCCCUGCACCCCCAUCAUUGGGCCAAUAAAGCCACCAACAGGCUGGGGUGAGGGUUGCCACUGCAGGCAUGGCCCCAGGGUUGGACCUGAACAGGGAGGAUGGCAUGGUGCCCAAGGUAACCCAGUCUCUCCCAGGACUGCUCCUCCUCACAUCCUUUCUCCUGCACAUGGAAGAGGGCCAUGCCAGCUCAACACGGCUGGUCUGCGACAACAGACUCAUACAGAAGUACAUUGGGGAGGCCAAGGACAUGGAGAAGAGAGUGGGCGAGUGCCAGGUGCUGCCUGCACUCAGCUGUCCCGCAGUGCUGCCCUUGGUGGACUUCAGCCUCCAGCAGUGGAAAUCCAAAUCGAACGAGACCAAGCGGCGGGAGAUCCUGUGUGACAUGGCACUGCUGGUGGGAGCUGUGGUGGGUGCCCAGGGCCAGGUGAACGAGCCGUGCGGGGCCAGGCAGCUGAGCCAGCUUUACCAACACGCCAACUCCUUCCUCCUGCUCCUGCAGACCUUCAGCUGGGAGGCAGGACCCUGGGAGCCAGGCUGCUCCCCACGCUCCACGGAGCAGACCCACAUCACUGGCAUCUUCCUCACUUACCGACAGCUGGUGCAGGGCAAGCUGCGCUUCUUCUUCCACGACCUGGCAAAGGACUUGUGCAAGCAAGGCCAGGCAGGUGGCACAGACCCUCGGUGCAGGGCCCGAUGAGGCUGUGCAUAGG